AUGGGUGUCUCCACCGAAGUUCCUCAGACCGUCGAGUGGGCGGGGAAGAGGGUCCCCAUCUACCCCAUGGAGACCGUUGACUUUGGACGUGUCCUGUCCCAGGAGCCAGCUGAGCUCGAGAACAUGCUCCGCAUCUGCCAGCAGCAGGGCUUCUUCUACCUGGACUUGAACGGCCUGGACGGCAGCAGAUUCCUCGAUGACCAGCAAAAGACCCUGGAGCUUAUGCACCGGUACUUUGAGGCUCCUAUCGAGGACAAGAAUGAGCUUGGUCUCAUCACCGCGCAUCUCGGAUAUGAGCCCGUUGGCUCCCGAACGGGUGGUCUCCCCAACACAAGGGACGGAUACGAGAUGUUCAAGGUCUCCCGUGACGAGAUCCAAAGAUCCGACCCCAAGUUCCCCAAGAUCCUCCAGAACGAUACCGAGAAGGCAAUUCUGAAGAACGCCAUCUCCGGCUCGAACCUCGUGACCAAGACCGUCCUGUCUGGCCUCUCCUCUGCUAUGGGACUCGUGGGCGCCGCCCGUUAUGAGAACGCCCACCGCAACGAUCGCCCCUCAACCUCCACGCUGGCCAUGAUGCACUACGUCCCCGCCGACCCCAUCAAGGACAACCAGAUCGGUCACCAGAAGCACACCGACAUCAGCUCCCUCACCCUUCUCUUCGCCGAGGAGUGGGGUCUUCAGAUCCGCCCCCCCGGCAGUAAAGAGUUCGGCUUCGUCGCUCCCAAGAAGGGCUGCGCCAUCAUCAACGUCGGCGACUCCCUCCGCUUCGCCAGCGGCCACACCAUGAUGUCGUGCAUCCACCGCGUGGUCCCCUUCAACCCCGAGGAGCACCGUUACUCCAUCGCCUACUUCCUACGUGCCGAGAACGACACCAUGUUCAAGGACAGCGAGGGUAGGUACGUCACUGCUGGCCAGUGGCACGAUGAGAAGUUUUACCUCUUCAAGGCCACUCCCGAUAUCCAGGCUCUUGCCCCGCCGUCAAUGUUGUACGGCGGCAUGACUGCUGAUGAGGAGUGGACGCCUUACGCGCAGCCAGUUGCCAAGGCACACGCGCCCCAGGUGCCCGCGGAAGAGCUGAAGCAAGCUCCAGCUGUCAAGGAGACUUUGGUUGAGGCCCAUUGA